AUGAUCCGAGACUGGUACACUUCGGAGCGUCAAGUUGAUUACAUUGAGCUUCAAGUAGUUGGUGGGGAAGCGCAACAUCAAAAUUUCUGGCACAACUUAGCGGGAUUGCUAGUUGAUAAAAGGCUCCUCUACGAUGGUUGCAUCUCUUCUCGGCCCGCUUUGGAAAGAGUAAAUGGGGACGUCCUUAAGCUUUCUGUUCACAUUCGACUAGGAGACUAUCUUAAUAUCUCCAUGGUUCGACUAGUGCCCGGCCCGGAAGCUGGCUUAUAUCGGCGGUAUGAUGACGUGGAA